CCAUCGAUAGAGAGAGAGAGAGAGAGCAAACUGUGAAACGAUCUGACAAAACAGCAUCUCUCUCAGCUAGACGGAAAACAGUGAUCAGGUGAGAGACCAAAGCAUUAGACAAAAAGAGAAAGAUACGCCAAGAUAUUUUUUAAUGGCCACACUUAGACAGCAUUGAAAUUACAUGAGGGUUAGAUAAACAAGGGAUAGAAAGAGAGAGGAAAUUUGAAUCCUCUUGGCAUGCGAGUGGAUCCCUGGCUGGUUGGCACUGUGUGCGGUGCUCACUCUGUGUGUAAGUGUAUGCUGCAGAGUUUGUCGGUGGUGUUGGGACGCUUUGGACUGGAAUGUAUCUGAGCUAACCACAGGGGGCUUUCAGGAAGACACAGCUCUCACCAUGCUGGGCAAGGAUUACAUGCUCGCCAUCAUCAUCGUCAACUAUGACGAUAACAUCUGGAAUGAUCAGAGUCUGGAGCUGGACUCAGAUCUGCCUCCAGGAUGGCGCACUAUAUGUGACAGCACUGGCACCUAUUAUUGGCACGUGCCCACGGGCACUACACAGUGGCAGCAUCCCUCAUACAGCGCAGAGGAGGAGCAAAACACCAUUAACGGCAUCACCGCCAGCCAGAUCAAGACUGUUGCAGAUGGCAGACAGGAAUCAAGAUACAGACUGACUGAAAACCCGCUGCCCUCUCUGAGUGAAAGGGCCUUCUGGCAGGAAGAGUAUUUUUUUGCCAACAUGGACCCCGACUCCAAGUGUUUUGCUGUGCGCUCGCUGGGCUGGGUGGAGAUUCCGGAAGAGGAACUGACCCCUGGCAAGAGCAGUCUGGUGGUGAACAACUGCAUCCAGCAGCUCUCUCACAGUAAAGCAGAGGGCCGGGAUGCAGUGGGCGCCUGGGGAGAGGGUCAGGAUAUGAUGAUGGUACUCAAGAAGGACACUCUCAGCUUAAUGGACCCUGUGGACCACAGCCUCAUCCAUUGCCAACCCAUAAUCAACAUCCGUGUGUGGGGGGUGGGAUGCAACAAUGGAAGAGACUUUGCCUUUGUGGCAAAUGACAAAGACACCUGCAUGCUCAAGUGCCACGUGUUUCGCUGCAACUCUCCAGCCAAAACCAUCGCAUCUGUCCUGCAUGAGAUGUGUUCCAAGAUCAUGGCUGAGAAAGCAGCCCUGCAGCCCUCCAUAGCCCGUUCUCGGACCAUGGAGAGCAUCUCCCCAGAGGACCUGCCCCGCCAAGUGGACUUCUUGGACACAGUGAGGCAGAAGGUGCAGAAGUUCGAGGUGGAGUAUGUUGGAAACCUCCCUGUCUCCAGGGCAAUGGGAAUGGAGGUGUUGAACAGAGCUAUUGAGAGUAUAAUGCACUCCAGAGAUAGAGAUGAGUGGGAGCCAAUAGUCAUCCACGUGUCUGAUACAAUUCUGUCUUUAUGGAGAGGAGAGGAUGGAGAGGACCCAUUUUGGGAAUGUCAGGUACGUUACCUGACUUUCCUGGGUGUGGGUCAUGACACACACACUUUUGCAGUUAUUGUGGACGCCGGAACCCAGCGCUUUGAGUGUCACGUAUUCUGGUGCGAGCCCAAUGCUGGAAUCAUCUCUGAAGCAGUUCAGGCUGCUUGCAUGGUUCAAUACCGGAAGUGUUUGGUUGCACAGACUCCUCCUGUGAGGUCCAAAAUGUGGCGGGCAGGCUCCAAAGUCAAACGAGCCAACUCCAUGGAUGGCGCCAGCUUCCCACCCAGGCACCAAGGACACACACCUACCAAAUUGGCCUCUCCCAGUGUGAAGAAGGGAAUGCUGGCCUUUUUUGAGACAUUCCGCAAUAAACAUUCUGCGGUACCCACACCCUAACAACAGCGGAAGGGGGAAGGGGGGCAGGGCCUGAUGGGGUUCAAGGCGAGGGGUGUAUCAGGGGUGGAGGGAUGAAAGGAAUGAAAGAAUAUAAUAAACAUGAAGGAUAAGAAAGCAGUCCAGCCUUUAACGUUGUAUGAAAAUCCAGCUUAAUUUCCUCAGUGUGACCUUACUAUUAAUGAAGAAAAACAAGGUACCUAAUUGCCCUUAUUGACAGUGUUUAUUGAUUGACAUAUCUGAAUGUAGAUGUGCAGAACAGCGUUUAAAUAAGAACAUUGAGGUGCUGUGCUCUCACAUUCCAAACAUUUUCAGAAGUCCAAACUGCUCUGCGUUCUGUAAUCUAAAUGCUAAUUUGAUCCAUUUCGGAAGGAACAAUAAAGUGGAUUUCACAACCGUGUGAAUAAGUAACACCUACUAACCUUGGAAGCUGUAUAAUUGUAGAAUCAGAGGAGAAACAAAUCUCUCAACAUGUAAAAAAAAAAAAAUCUAGAGUCGUGAUUUUUAAAAAAAUUUUUUUUUUUUUUUACAAAUAUCAAUGUACAGGACCGUGACCUAAUUCUUACUAGACAAAUAUGUAGAGGGUAGAAAUGUUCUGUUUUAAGUCACAUUUAUGUUCAAAGAGUGAAUUACAGAUAUAUUUUUGGUUCAAACCCACUAUUUAGGAGUAUCCACAUACUCAAAGUAAACAAUUAUUGAAAGAGGAUAAUGUUUGCUGUUCUAACACCUUGUAUUGAUACAAUUAAAGGAAUAGUUCUCCCAGAAAUGAAAACUCUCUCAUCAUUUACUCACCCUCAUGCCAUCCCAGAUGUGUAUUACUUUCUUCUUCUG